GCGCGCGCGGAGGCACUAGUUGUGCGGCGCGAGGCGACGCGACGCGCGCGGGAAGAAACGGCCCGGCUGAGGAGUGCUGGAUGGUGGCGCAGUGAAGGCGGACGAGGAGCCGGCUCAGGAAUGCCGCGGCAGCUCCGGCUAGGCGGCUGGGAGAGGAGCCCCUUCCUGCUCCAGCUGCUGCUGUGGCUGCACACGCGGAGCCUGGCGGAGCCCGCAGCCCAAGGAAUGAACAUGUCAGCUGCUGCUGAUUUAAUGCCUACGUCAUCAUGGAACAUGUCAAGUGAACUAGAGAAAGAUUAUUUCUUGACACUUGAUGAGCCUAUGAACAACAUCACCACUACACUAGGCCAGACAGCAGAACUGCAUUGCAAAGUCUCUGGCAAUCCUCCUCCAACUGUGCGUUGGCUGAAAAAUGAUGCUCCUGUUGUACAAGAACCUAGGAGGAUAUCUUUCCGUGCAACAAGCUAUGGGUCUCGGUUACGAAUAAGAAAUCUAGAUACCACAGACACUGGCUAUUUUCAGUGUGUGGCGACAAAUGGCAGAAAGACUGUUUCUACAACUGGGGUGUUGUUUGUGAAAUUUGGUCCUCCACCGACAGCAAGUCCAGGAACAUCUGAUGAGUAUGAAGAGGAUGGGUUUUGCCAGCCAUACAGAGGAAUUGCAUGUGCAAGGUUUAUUGGAAACCGAACUAUUUAUAUGGAGUCCCUGCAUAUGCAAGGCGAAAUAGAAAAUCAGAUUACUGCUGCCUUCACUAUGAUUGGAACCUCCAGUCAUCUAUCUGAUAAAUGUUCCCAGUUUGCUAUUCCUUCGCUGUGCCAUUAUGCUUUCCCGUACUGUGAUGAGACCUCCUCGGUUGCCAAACCUCGGGAUCUGUGCCGUGAUGAAUGUGAAAUUUUGGAAAACGUACUCUGCCAAACUGAGUACAUCUUUGCAAGAUCCAAUCCAAUGAUUCUGAUGCGCUUAAAGCUACCUAAUUGUGAAGAUCUUCCACAGCCUGACAGCCCUGAGGCUAUAAAUUGUAUCCGCAUUGGCAUCCCUAUGGCAGAUCCAAUAAAUAAGAAUCACAAAUGUUAUAACAGCACAGGAACAGACUACCGAGGGACUGUGAGUGUCACAAAAUCUGGCCGACAGUGCCAGCCAUGGAAUUCUCAAUAUCCUCACACACAUACAUUCACUGCUAUCAGAUACCCUGAACUAAAUGGGGGCCAUUCCUACUGUCGUAAUCCAGGAAAUCAGAAAGAAGCUCCAUGGUGUUUCACUCUAGAUGAGAACUUUAAAUCAGAACUUUGUGACAUCCAAGCCUGUGACACGAAGGAUUCCAAGGAGAAGAAUAAAAUGGAAAUCCUGUAUAUCCUGGUGCCAAGUGUUACCAUUCCUCUUGCUAUUGCCUUGCUGUUUUUCUUCAUCUGUAUUUGUCGCAACAACCAGAAAUCUUCCUCCCCGCAAGUUCAAAGACAGCCCAAGCAUGUCAGAGGGCAGAAUGUGGAGAUGUCUAUGCUAAAUGCAUACAAACCAAAGAGCAAAGCUAAGGAGCUUCCUCUUUCUGCUGUCCGAUUUAUGGAAGAAUUGGGUGAAUGUGUAUUUGGCAAGAUCUACAAGGGACAUCUUUAUCUACCAGGCAUGGACCAUGCUCAGCUGGUUGCAAUCAAGACUCUAAAGGACUACAAUAAUCCACAGCAGUGGGCAGAGUUCCAGCAGGAAGCCUCUUUGAUGGCAGAGCUCCAUCACCCAAACAUUGUUUGUCUCCUUGGUGUUGUGACUCAAGAGCAACCAGUCUGCAUGCUUUUUGAGUACAUGAACCAAGGGGACCUCCAUGAAUUUCUUAUUAUGCGGUCACCACAUUCAGAUGUUGGGUGUAGUAGUGACGAAGACGGCACUGUAAAAUCCAGUCUGGAUCAUGGAGAUUUCCUGCACAUAGCAGUCCAGAUUGCAGCUGGGAUGGAAUAUUUAUCAAGUCAUUUUUUUGUCCAUAAAGAUCUGGCUGCUCGCAAUAUAUUGAUUGGAGAACAGCUCUAUGUAAAGAUUUCCGAUUUAGGAUUGUCAAGAGAAAUAUACUCUGCAGAUUAUUACAGAGUUCAAAACAAAUCUCUCUUGCCCAUUCGCUGGAUGCCCCCUGAAGCGAUUUUGUAUGGCAAGUUCUCUUCUGAUUCAGAUAUCUGGUCCUUUGGUGUUCUGCUCUGGGAGAUUUUCAGCUUUGGACUCCAACCCUAUUACGGAUUUAGUAACCAAGAAGUUAUUGAAAUGGUAAGGAAACGGCAACUUUUACCUUGUUCAGAAGACUGUCCUCCCAGAAUGUACAGCUUAAUGACAGAAUGCUGGCAUGAGCUACCAUCUCGGAGACCAAGAUUCAAAGAUAUCCAUGCUAGGCUGCGCUCUUGGGAAGGAUUAUCAAGUCAUACUAGUUCCACUACUCCUUCUGGUGGAAAUGCUACCACCCAAACAACUUCUCUUAGUGCAAGCCCAGUUAGCAACCUAAGUAACCCAAGGUAUCCUAACUUCAUGUUCCCAGCACAGGGUGUACCACAAGGCCAAAUUGCUGGAUUUAUUGGCCCACCAAUGUCUCAAAACCAGCGCUUUAUUCCUAUCAAUGGGUACCCUAUUCCUCCUGGAUAUGCUGCUUUUCCAGCUGCUCACUACCAGCCGUCAGGCCCACCAAGGGUAAUUCAGCACUGUCCUCCACCAAAGAGCCGUUCACCAAGUAGUGCAAGUGGGUCAACUAGCACUGGUCAUGUGACUAGCUUGCCCUCUUCAGGAUCCAAUCAAGAAGCAAAUAUUCCUUUGCUCUCUCAUAUGUCCAUGCCAAAUCAUCCAAGUGGGAUAAGUAUAACCGUGUUUGGAAACAAAACUCAGAAACCCUACAAAAUUGACUCCAAACAGGCAUCUUUAUUAGGAGAUUCCAAUAUUCAUGGACAUAAUGAAUCUAUGAUUUCAGCAGAGAUGUAAAUGUCAGGCCUUUGUAAAUAAAACUUUUUACAGUAUGGACUAGAAAACUGUAGAGGAGAUUUAUAUUCAGAUAUUUUAUUGGAGAUUCUUCUGGUUGUAUAAAAAGACACUUUCAAUAAGUAUCUUCUGUGAAGUUUAUUUGUGCUUAACAGGAUAAAGAGGUGCCAACCAGAUUUUUUUUUAAUUGACAGUUUGGUUAUACAUGUAAUACACAGAUAUUAAGACAAAAUUUGAAAUAAGUGAGGGGAAAGUCUGUGUGUGAUUUUUUUAAGGAAAAAGAAACUUGACUGUGACACCUUUUAUUCUAUCACUGUAGUUUUAAUCAAGUGGUUUUUGCAUCAGUAGCAUCAUUAUUCUGAACACUUACAUUAAUAUUUUCAUUUGUAUGAAUGAAGUGUGAUGGCCAAGUGUGUAGGACAGUUAUAGUAAAACAAGAUGAGACACUGAAAGAUCUGUUGAUAAACAGCAGCAACAGGAGGAGCUAGGGGGUGGCUGGGGCAUCAGGAGGGUUUAAUUCUUUCCUCCAUGCCAUUUUCCUGCCUAGCUGCUCCUCCCUUGGACUUGCUAUUUACCCAAAUGAGGCAAGCAUACUUGGUUUUCCUAAGGGGGGAAAUUCAACUCUAAUUGUAUCUUUGUGGGUCAGGAAACUAGCUCAGGUGGAAAGAGCUGAAUCAAAUACCCAUGUGGCUGCUAUUUCACAUUUUGAUCCUAAACAAAGAUUCUGCCUACCUAGUGAUGAAUGUAAGUUCAUGCAUAAACUCAAAAUGCAUAAAGCAUAAAAUGUGUUCAUGGUAUAGAAGCAAGAUAUUGCUAGAUUACAAGAACGAUCAGCUAACAUCUGCUAAAAGUGCAAUCUUAAAAACACUUUCCUGGGAGUAAAUCCCAUUGAACAUACCUAAGUAGGAUCCUGAGUAGAUCUGCUUAGAAGUGCUCUCUUGAAUACAUGGUACUACAUAAAAUAAAUGACUGAAAAAUAUAUUUCUUGACUUUAUAUCUGUAGUUGCAAUAGAACUUUGUAUCUUGUUGUUGCUAUGCAACCUUCUAAUUAAAAACAGUGUAAUCCUAAACAGAGACUCCCAUUAAUGGGCCUAGAGUGGAGUAACUCUGUUUAGGAUUGCACUGCAAAUUUCUAAAUUCUUAUUUUGUAAUAGACAAUCAAGUUUCCCAAGAAUAUUUAUUAUUUCAGGUAAACAUAACUUUUAUAGUGAUAACCUUGAAAUGAGACAUCUACAUUCCAUCAGAUAUAUACAACAAUUUUCUGGAAUUGUUUAUGAUAACUUUUGUAUGUCAUUUCAAAUGUGAACUAGAAUUAAUUUUUAUUAGAAAAUACUGCAUUGUAUUAUUGAAAUUUAUUCAGGU